AACAUGUUUAAGGUGUCUUUUCUUUACUGCCUCACAAAUUGCCAACAACUGCAGCAGCAUCAAGUGUUUUAAAUAAGGGAUUUUGGUCAUUGGAAUUGGGACUCUCAAGAAAAUGAUGCCACUUGUCAUAUUCAUUAUGAUUUCUUUUUUUAUUCAACUCACAGUUUCCAGUGGAGCAGAACUUUCAGUUGUACAGUAUCCUCAAGAAAUCAAUGUUUCUCUUGAUUCAACUGUUUGGAUACUGUGUGAAUUUGACUACCCAGAGAAAGCUGAAGUUGAUACAGACGUGUACUGGAGGAAAGGCCCUACCUGUAAUCAGCCUGGGCUCCAGUCAAGCACAAAUACCUCUCAUGUUCAAAAGUCAAAGGUACAAAUUAAAACAAAAGAGUCCAAAAGAUUUUCAAUCUUAAAACUGGACAACGUUCAGAUGGACGACAGUGGCAUAUAUUUCUGUGACUUAAAUCUAAGUGAACCACCACCAGUAAGGCGCAAAUGUGGAAAUGGCAGCAAGCUGACUGUACAUGAAUCCAAAUGCAAUAGCAGUAUCAGGCAUGAAAAAACAUCAUGGGUGUGGUUCUUUCUCCUUGGAUAUAGCAUCUGUUCUUCCAGUAUUCUCAUAUUUUUCUGUAUUCUUCGGUGCUGUAAAAAGUAUAGGAUCAACUCAAGAAAUACGGAUGACCUCAGUACCUUGCCAAGUGAAUGGACUUAUGAUAAACCAUCCAGGGCUGUUAAUAAUGGAUUUAAUCAAGAAUAUGAAGAUAUGACGUUAAUGAGGAAUUUCACUCACAAUGAAAGGAAGAUAUGAAAAAUGUGGAUGCAUUCAUAAGUGAAUAACAUUAGCACAUGUAGCAAGUUCUCUUCUAUCCACACAAAAAUAUUUGGUUAAUUUAGUGUUGCUGAAGUGAAUUCAUCCCAACACAAUCUCUAAAAAUCAAAGAAACUACCAGUUAAGGCAACAUAAAAAUCAAAGCCCAUCUCACUGUGUAUGUCAGGAGUGGGGAACCUUUUUUUGGUUGGGGCCCACACACAAGAGAAAGGCAAAACCACAAACCAAACCAAACAUCACUGACAAGGCUAUCAACAAGUAACCCCCCCAAAGUCUUCGAUCUAGCUUCCAUCUGAGAAGGGGUGAGGAGGGAAAAAAAGAGACUCUUCACUCACGCUCUGGCCCCGCGGGGGGAUGACCAAGUCUCGGUGCUUCUCCCCUCAAUGGGGUUGCUGGCACUCAUGCUCCAGCUCCAUGGUGAAAGAGAGGAAGGUUUGGUGACUUGUGUGUGGCUAGAGUGUGAGUGCUGGUUUCCUUCAUUGCAGGGCAAGCCCUGGGCCUCAGCGUGGGCCAGAUCAAAGUAAUUCAGGGUUGGAUCCAGCCCAUGGGCUUUAGGUUCCUCACUCCUGGUGUAUUUUUACUACGCAAAAGCACUCAGAAUUCUUGGACAAAUCUAAUUCCUCUUAAUCACAAGAACAAAAGUACAGCAUGAACUCUUAUCUUUGAUUAGAUUAAGUUGUAUUCCCCAAUCCACAUGAGCACAAAUGUGGUGGCAAAAUCUACAAAUGUGCUUUUCUAUUGAAAAGAAGGAUGUCACAUUUAGAGUUGUGAGUUGGACUGUGUUUGAGAGGAAAUCCCACUUAUCCCCAUCCUACCAUUUUGUCCCACCUCUAUUUCCCGCUUUUGUGCCAUGUGUGUCUCUUGACUCCUUUCAACAUUUCCCAGGGUCAGAUAUCCAGCUGUUUCUCUCACUCUCAUCACCUUGCAUAUCUACACCUCUCAACAAAAUGAAACAACAAAAUAUAGCUUGUGUGUGUGUGUGGGGGGGGGAAGUAAUCUUACUUUAAAAUUACUAGAAACAUACUGAUGUGCACAUAAUGUACCUGGGUAAAUGCAUGAGCUCAUUACUAUAGCCUUUAACUUUUCUUCCCUGAUUCUUCUUUCCCGCUCAUGUGUCAUGUCCAAAAUUAAAUUGUCAACUCUUGGGGCAGGGACAAUGUCAUGUAUAUGUACAGAUAAGGUACCUAGCACACUUGUAGAGACUGUAUACAUAAUUUAGUGAGGCUGCAUAGAAAUAGUUUAAUUUGCAUAGUGAUUAAAAUGGACUUGAUAUGGUCCUACAACAGAAUGGAUAAUGGUUGUGUAUAAAUGACUUAGGGGGAGUUAAUACUUCUGGACAAAAUCUACUCAAAUUAUCUUGGAAAAAAAGGGAUUUUUUUUCAUAAACUGGUAUUCAAACUUGAGUAUUCUUCUGACUCAGUAUCGAUGAGUAGAUAGCACAAAGACAAGUAACCACCUUGGGUGAAAGGAGGAGGUUGCUGUACCUAAAAGGCAGAAGAUACCACAGACAUUCUUUCCAAGGUGUCUUCCUCUCAGCAAACUCUCGAAGUGCUGUGAUCAGGGUAAAAGACUAAAGAAAUCCCCACCAUGCUUUAAAUCAUGGUGAGUCUGUAGUAUUUUGUAACAUUAAAUUUAAUGAUAGUCAAACGAGGCUUUCUGUAAUAUUUGUCUAGGCAUUUAGAUGUUAUCUUUUAUUUAAUGAGACACUAUCUGUUAACCUGCCAAUAAAAACACUUUGGU